AUGACUCGUAUACUCCGCCUUAGGUUAACCCGCAGGCACACCCCCGCUGAGAAGGCGCGCGAGAACAAGCUGCGGGAGGACAAUCUCUGCGAGAUCUCCAGCCCGCAGCUGGUCCGAUGUCGCCGCUGCAAUUCCUGGAUCAAGCUGUCCGCGAAGAGCGCAUUUGAUCCUGCGCACUGGAGCAAACAUCGUGAGCGAUGCGUACACAGAUCGGAAACCGUCGUGAAGGGGCUGCGAGAGACGAAUAGCCAGCAGGCACCGUUUUCGUCUGACGUGAAACCGUCCAAUGUUGUCAAGCGCAUGGUAGCCGCGUUGGCCACACCGCCGCUGACCCCGGAUCGCGACGGCGACGACACUUCGAGCGCGGGUAAUGCAAACUCCCCGUCUAAGGAGGACUCACCUCUCACCCAAUUCUCCGACUGUACGCAAGCUAGCCCCCCGCCGUCUCCAUCGCCCGCCCCUGCUCCGCCUCCCGCGAUCCGUGAUCCUGACCCAACAUUCGAAGAGUACCUCGCCCGCUCCCAACGCCGGCCGACACGUGACCUGGCCUCACCCCUGCUGAUGAAUUGGCAGGAAUGGAGCUGGUCGCAGUUGAAGAAGCCCGUGUGGUACCCCGAGUACGACGACUCGGACGAUGAUGAGGAUGACCGGCGCCGCCGCGUGCCAGUCUCGCACGAGCGGUGCACCAUUCAUAACAGACGCGACGGCGCCGCCGCGGGACCUAUCGGCAGGGGAUCCGCUGGCCCCGUAUGGUUGUAA